AUGCCUGCUGAAACUGCUGUGGCUGAAGAAACCGCUAGUCCUGCUGUAGAUGUGGCCGCUCCAGUCAUAGAGGUGGUUAAGUCUGCCGCUGCUUCUGAGAGUGUUGCAGAUAUCACAUCCCUUGUCACAGAGGAGGCCGCAGCACCAGAGACACCAGUAGUAGAAUCCACUACACCAGUUGCCAAGGCCGCAGUAGUCGCUGUUGCAGAAGCUGCUCCAGUUGCUGAGGCUGUUGCCAGUGACGCCGCCCCAGUUGUAGCAGUCGUGGCAGAGGCUCCUUCAGUUGCGGAGGCUGUUGCCGAACCUGCUUCAGUCGCUGACAUUGCUGCUCCCAUCGUCGAUUCUGCUCAACCUGUAAUUGACGCCGCCACCAAAGUCACGGAUGCUGCUCCCCCAGUUGCUGAGCCUGUCGUUGCUACCAGUGAUGAAGCUCCCGUGCCAGAAGACAUUCCAGUUUCAGCCUCUGCCGAUCCACCUUUAGUUGAUGCUGCAGCCUCCACUGAACCUGGAGCCCCAGCCGUUGAAUCCUCAUCCAGUGAUUCUGACUCCGACUCCUCCGACUCUGACACCGACUCUGAUGAUGAGAUGUCCGAAGUGAAAUCAAAGGCAAAACCAGAAAUCCUAGCAGAAAAAAAGGAAGACUCAGAAAAGGAAGCAGUGGCUUUGGCCAGCGACGCUGAGGUGGCAGUGACGUCUGAUGCCAUCCUUGUGGCCACUGCCAAAGCUGUGCAAGAAGCUACACCUGCGCUGACUCUGAACGCCGUUACUGAAACUGUCAAGGACAAAGCACCAGACGUUGUAGCCGAAGCAGCACCAGAAGUCACCAAAGAAGUUCAAGCGGCCGCUCCAGAAAUUGCAAGUGCUGAGCUGGUUGACCCCACCUCUGUCCUGGAAGCCGACCCAGCGAAAGCUACCCUGGAGGUUGGCCCUGAAACUGCCCCUGCUGCAAGUUUUGAGGAGCUAGUAGACUCUGCCCCUGAGAUCGCUAGUGUACCCAAAGAGAUUUUUGCAGAAGCUGCUCCAGAGGUUGAAGUAACGCCUCCAGAAGUCACCGCUGCACCAGAAGUCACUCCAAAAGUUGUACCGGAAGCGGCAGAAGAAGCAUCUGAAGCUGCCCCUGUAGAAAUUGCUGCUGAAACCCUUGUUGAACCUACGGCGGAAGAUGCACCGGCCGUUGCUAAAGCUGCCCCAGUUGAAGCCGCAGCAGAGGUGCUGGUAGACAUCGCCCCUGUAGUAGCUGGAGCCGCAGGAGAGGAGCUGAUUGCAGAGGCCCUGGCUGAGUCAGAACCGAAUGAGACCUCAGAGGCUGCACCUCCAGAGCCAGCCCCCGAGCCCCCCCGAGCCAUUCGACAACAGCACUUAUAAGAACCUCCAACACCACAACUACAACCACUAUACCUUCGCAGACCUGGACCUGGAGAUGGCAAAGUACCGUCUUCCCCAGCCCUCCUCCGGUAGACCCUCCCCCAGGCACUGAGACAGCCUGGAACCCAGGCCCCGUGUCCCCAGACAGCAUGUCUCUGAUCCCACCGACCACCCUAUGUCUUUUUUUUUUUAGAAGAAGAAUAAUGAUUUUGCCUUGUACUUUAUGGUCCCUAAGAUGUGCUUGUAAUUCUGUUAAAAUAAAUCUAUUAUAUUAAACUACACAAAAUGGA